CCCUCAACUUCCAUCGUCUCCCCAUCAACCCAAUUUCCCGGGUCCUUUCUUUUCAGGUGAUUUUUGGACGUAGCUUAACUUAUUGCCAUGGGAACCGUUCUCGGUGCUGCAAACAAGGAGGCAAAUGGUAGCGCACUUGAGAAGAAACCUACUGUUGUUUUCGUCUUGGGUGGUCCAGGCAGUGGAAAGGGUACCCAAUGUGCCAAUAUUGUUGAACAUUUUGGUUAUACGCAUCUGAGUGCUGGAGACCUUCUUAGAGCUGAAAUCAAAUCAGGUUCUGAGAACGGAACCAUGAUCCAAAAUAUGAUUAAAGAGGGAAAGAUUGUCCCCUCUGAGGUUACAAUUAAGCUCCUUCAGAAAGCAAUUCAAGAAAGUGGGAACGACAAAUUCCUUAUUGAUGGUUUCCCUCGUAAUGAGGAGAAUCGGGCAGCUUUUGAAAAUGUUACCAAGAUUGAGCCGAAGUUUGUCUUGUUUUUUGAUUGCCCCGAAGAAGAAAUGGAGAGGCGCCUGUUGAGUAGAAACCAGGGAAGAGAGGAUGACAACAUUGAGACCAUAAGGAAGCGGUUUAAGGUAUUUCUGGAGUCUAGCUUGCCGGUAGUGGAGCAUUAUGAAACUAAGGAGAAAGUUCGGAAGAUUGAUGCUGCGAAGACAGUAGAAGAGGUGUUUGAGGCGGUUAAGGCCAUCUUUGCUCUUGAAAAUGACAAGGCAGCAGUCUAGGUUGUGACGCAUCAAGGGCAUAUCUGCCGAUCAGGUAGGGGGAGUCACAGAUAAUCAUUCCCCUCAACCUCCAAAGUUUAGAUUUUUUUUAUAAAUCUUAAAUUAAAUUUCAAGUCAGUGAAAGCAAGAGAUAUAUGAAUUAUGAACGAUGGUGUCUGGUUAGAAAUGGGUCGACUGUCUGAUGUUGGUUACUUCUCAUUUCACAUUAGAAAACACGUUUAUCUCUCUGUCCAUAAUAAUUUAUAAUAGCAACAUGAAUCUUUUCUCA